AUGGCAUCUCAGACACUGAAUGGUUCGCCGCUGCCUCCGAGCUGCAAAUUGUCUCCAGUGUGUUGCACACAUGGAACGUCUCUGUCGACCAUUAAGGUCCCCCAAGUCAGCGGGGUCAGAGUUCAGCUGGAGAUGCACGCACUUUGGCAGCAGUUCGACCAGCUCGGCACGGAGAUGAUAGUCACCAAAGCCGGAAGGAGGAUGUUCCCAGCGUUCCAAGUGAAACUCUCAGGGAUGGAUCCUGCUGCGGAAUAUGUUCUGGUCAUGGACUUUAUCCCUGUUGAUGACAAAAGAUACAGAUAUGCAUUCCACAGCUCAUCCUGGUUGGUGGCAGGUCGAGCAGACGUUGCAGCUCCGAGCCGUAUGCACUUCCACCCGGACUCACCAGCUCGUGGGGCCCAGUGGAUGAAGCAGACUGUGUCCUUUGACAUGCUCAAACUCACAAACAACCUGCUGGAUGACAACGGACAUAUGAUACUGAAUUCCAUGCAUCGAUACCAGCCACGCUUGCAUGUACUGUAUGCAGACCCAGCCCGCGACAGUCAUCUCAAUGCCAAUAGAAACUUUUGCUCCUUCUUCUUCCCUGAGACGCGGUUCAUGGCAGUCACUGCCUAUCAAAACCACAGG